CAUCGGGUUCAAAGGAAACGCAGAUUACAGAGUUUUUAUCCGAAAAAUUUCAUUUUCGAUGUUGUAUUGAUCGUCGCUCUCACGAUGUCGUAGCAUAUAAACAAUUGAAGGGUGCGCAGUGUGUCAUUUUAGUACAAAGUCAGAAUUGUUUUAAAGCACAGUCAUUUUAUUCAAAGAUUGUGGUAAUAUGGGAUUGGGCGGAUCCAAGGAAGAUGCCGUGUCGAGCGAAGACAGCGAUGAAGGUAUUGAAAAGGAGGCGGAGCCAAAUGGGAGUAGAAAUGUCUGUGAAGAAGAAAAACAGAAAUUUUGGGACGAAAUAAAAAAGCAAGUUGAAUGUGGUGAAAACAAAGAAGAUCGUUGGAAGACGACGAUUCUUUGGCGUGCUUUUCAGUUUAGUCCAGUAGAUCCGAAAAUUGUCAAAUAUUUAGUUGACCAUGGAGCAGACGUCUAUUCCAAGAACGAAGAAAGUGAAACAGCUCUGGGGAUAGCGACGAGAAAUGGUUUACUCGAUCUUGUUAAGUAUUUUGUGCAAUAUGGCCCUGAACAUAAUUUUCAAGAUGAUUGCAAAGCUCUUCAGGGUGCAAUACAGUCUCGAUCAUUAGAAAUUGUGCAAUAUUUCGUUGAAGAUUGUCGUGCUGACAUACAUUGUAAAGAUGAAUUGGGGAAAACCACUUUACAGCAUGCUGUUGAAGUUGGUGUAGUAGAUAUUGUCGAAUAUUUAGUUGAGCAAUGUGGCGCUGAAGUAAAUGAAAACACUGCUAAUGGAUGGACAGUGCUUCACACUGCUGCUACUAAAGGCUCACUAGGAAUGGUGAAAUAUCUCGUUGAAAAUGGCGCUAAUGUAAAUGGCAAGGAUACUGACGGGACGACAGUGUUGCACAAUGCUGUUACGGAAGGAAACCUCGAAAUCGUAAAAUAUCUUGUUCAAAAGGGUGCUGAUGUAAAUGGCAAGAAGACUACUGAAUGGACAGUGCUCCACACUGCUGCUACUACUAAAGGUACACUAGGAAUAGUAGAAUAUCUUGUUGUAAAUGGCGCUGAUGUAAAUGGCAAGGAUACUGACGGGAGUACAGUGUUGCACAGUGCUGCAACUGAAGGAAACCUGGAAAUGGUAACAUAUCUUGUUGAAAAUGGCGCUGAAGUAAAUGGCAAGAAAAAUAACGGGAGGACAGUGCUGCAUGAUGCUGUUAGUAAUAGUGAAAUAGUGAAAUAUCUUGUUAAAAAGGGCGCUGACGUAAAUGGCAAGGAAACUGACGGGUGGACAGUGCUACACACUGCUAUUACUGAAAGCACGGCAGAGAUUGUGAAAUAUCUUGUCGAAAUGGGCGCUGAUGUAAAUUCCAAGAAUACUGACAAGUCGACAGUGCUACACGAUGCUGUCACGGAAGGAACGCUGGAAAUGGUAAAAUAUCUGGUUGAAAAAGGCGCUAAUGUGAAUGAAAAGAAGAAUAACGGCUGUUCAGUGCUGCAUGAUGCUGUCACGGUGGGAACGCUGGAAAUAGUAAAAUAUCUCGUUAAAGAAGGCGCUGAUGUAAAUGGAAAGAAGAAUGACGGGUGUACUGUACUGCACUUUGCUGUAACCAAAGGUACGCUAGAAAUGGUAAAAUAUCUUGUUGAAAAUGGCGCUGGUGUAAAUAGAAAGAAUACUGAUGGGAGGACAGUGUUGCACUAUGCUGUCACGAAAGGAACGCUGGAAGUAGUAAAAUAUCUCGUUGAAAAAGGUGCUGAUGUAAAUGGCAGGAAGAUUAACGGUUGGACAGUGCUGCACGCUGCUGUCAUGGAGGGAACGCCGGAAAUGGUAAAGUUUCUUGUUGAAAAGGGCGCUGAUGUAAAAGCAAAGAAGACUAACGGCUGCACAGUGCUGCACGAUGCUGUCACAGAAGGAACGCUGGAAAUGGUAAAGUUUCUUGUUGAAAAGGGUGCUGAUGUAAAUGGAAAGAAGACUAACGGCUGGACUGUGCUUCACGAUGCUGUCACGGAAGGAACGCUGGAAAUGGUAAAGUAUCUUGUUGAAAAGGGCGCUGAUGUAAAUGGCAAGGAAAUUAACGGCUGGACAGUGCUGUUCGCUGCUGUUACUGCUACUACUGAAGGUACAUUAGAAAUGGUAAAAUAUCUUGUUGAAAACGGCGCUAAAGUAAAUGGCAAGGAUACUGACGGGUGUACCGUGCUCCACUAUGCUUUUACUGAAGGCACUCCAGAAACGGUAAAAUAUCUUGUUAAAAUGGGCGCUAAUGUAAAUGGUAAAGAUGAUCACGGGCGUACAGUGCUGCACUAUGCUUUUACUGAAGAUACGAUUGAAAUUGUAAAAUAUCUUGUGGAGAUGGGCGCUAAUGUAAAUGGUAAAGAUGCUGAUGGACGUACAAUCUUGCACAUUGCUGCCCAUACUGGUGCAUUGGAAAUUGUCAUGUAUUUAGUUCAACAUGGUGCUGACAUAACUCUUGAAAGUGAAAUCGACGUUCAUACUCUUGGGAUUGACAUCCUAAAGAUGGCGGUUAAGAGAAAUUCGGUUGCUUUGAUAAAUCUUCUGUUGGAAAAGAACAUCGCUCCGUGGAGAGCUGGAACAUGGCUUGUUGAUGGAAAGCGAAUGAGCUUUUCUGAAUGGAGUAGUUAUCUUGGACAUGAUGAAGUUGCAACUACCCUCAAACGUUCCGUAAAACAUCGUGAAAAGGUUCAGAUGUUGAGAACAACGAAUUGCAACCAGUUAGAAAAGGCUGAAAUACCGAUGCAGGCUUUUGUCGCAAAGAAUCAAUUCAAAAUUGGCGAUGGUGGUUUUUCUUGUGUCUAUGUUGGCCUCAUGAAAGAUGGAAGUGAAGUUGCUGUUAAGAGAAUUUUGAUACAAAGUGAAGACAAAACAGUUGAAAAUGAAAAAGAAAUCAUGAGUCUUAUUAAAACUAAGAAUUCACCAUUCAUAGUGAGUUAUCGACAUUUUCACCGUGACGAUAACUUCAUGUAUCUUAUUGUUGAUCUUUGCGAAGAAAACUUGAGUGAACUUGUUCAUGCAUGCAGUAUUGAACAUCUACAAGAGCAUGGUCCACGAAUGAUUAGGGAAAUUCUAUCAGGACUUCAAUUUCUUCAUGAGACCGGGAUAUUGCACAGAGAUCUAAAACCAUCAAACGUCUUGGUUCAUAUCGAAGGUCGCAUGAAAUUGGCAGACUUUGGGAUAAGCCGCGUUCUUAAAGACGAUGAAACGACAGUUGAAACAUUUGCUAAAGGUACUCCUGGAUGGAUGCCACGGGAAGUAAUUGAAGCAAUAGACAAAGAAGAAAAAGGUCCUUUCAAAAAGAAAUCGGAUGUCCAGGUAGCGGGUAUGAUUGCUUUCUUCAUCUUAACUAAAGGUGAACACCCUUUUGGAUCUUCGUUAGAUCGAAUGAAAAAUAUUUUAAAAGGAAACCCUGUCUAUUUGAACAAAAUCGGCCUUCGUAAAGCCCGAAAGUUUGUUUCGUGGCUUAUUCGUCACAAGAUUGAUGAUAGACCUUAUGCUGACGAAGCGCUAAGAGAUUCUUUCGUUGGUGGAGAUCGAGAAACGUAAAUCAGAAUUAGCCAACAGAGAUAGACGUUGUGAGGAACCACAGUAUGAACCUCAAGCUACAGGUUGAACAAGUAUUCUGUGAACUUCGACACUUUAUACUAUAAAUUCUGGUUCUCGUAUGUCACCGACGGUCGGUGAUGACCAUUGUCGAUGAUCACUGGAGAAUAUGAUUGUUUCGUAACCGACACCGUCUUCGUCACCGACCAGAAACAAUACAUCACCGACUGUUGGCGAAAUAUGAGAACCAGACUUAAACAAUUAUUGAAUGAGGUUGAGCAUUAUAAUAUAGCUACUUACUGCAAUCUGAUUGUCCUGGAGAUAUUCUCUUCAGAUUUCAGCUUUGGUGAGUAGCAAAAACAAAAUGGCCGACAGUUUUGCAUACGAGUGAUAAAGAAGAAAUUAAAACACUUUUUUAAAGUUUAGUUCCCAGAGAUUUAAACAAUU